CACAUUAAUAUCUUCUACUGCUGUCCAUGUUCGUUUUCGCGGCAGAGCGUCAGUAAACUUAUUUUCAUUUUUAAUUCUUUGAAUAUUUUAUGCUAAUAUUUCAAUGUUAUUUUAUUUACAAGUUAAAUUAUCACAUAUUCAGAAACAUUGAUAUUAUAGUUUAUAAAGUUACUUUGUUGAUAUUGGUGUCAAAAUUAAGUGAUGGCGCGCGUGUAUUUUACAGUGGUCCCUUUCUCGAUAUAAUAAUAGGACUUUGUACGAACGAUAUAUUAACGCUGUUAAAUUUAGCUAAUAUUUUGGCAACUAUAUAAUUCUUCCUUCGAGUAAAUAUUAUUAAAACGUGUAAUUACUUAAUAAUUUCUGUAUAAAAAAGGAAAUUAAGUUUUCGAUUUUCACUGGUCUCAUAGCUACCAAGGGAACAAAUUAUCUCCUUAUUUCUUGAUUGCAUAUAGCAAAUCACGAGGCCGAGAGUUGACGCAAUGUAAGAGUGAAUUCAUUUAUGUUGUAAAUCCUAGCCUAAUUUCGAUGAUUGUGGUACGAUUGUGACACUCUGGCGUGCAACAAUGCAUUUUUUUAUGCAGCUAUCUAUAAGAUUCGAAUAAAUUAAUCGUAAACUACGAUUUUUUCGAAACAACUUUAUUUACUUACGUGGUACCGUAAAAUAGAGGUGUAUAUGAUUUAAUAUUAAAUAAAAUGGAUGAAUCUGAGGAUAACAUGAGUAGUGAUGGCAUAACAUCAGAUAACAGUCUGAUGCCAGCAAGAACAAAACCAAAAAAGAGGUCACUCGUUGAACGAGAACUUGAAACAAAUUUGACUGCACGAGUAACAUCCCCGAUCACCAAAGGUGAUGGACUAAGCACGAGUAGAUAUGGUCGGGCUCGUCGAUUUAAAUCGGAUACUGAAUUUUCAGAGAAUGAAAAAAUUGUCAUAAAGGCUGCGAAGUCCCCAUCACUUGAGAAGACUCCAGUAAAGGUCCAUUCGCCAGUUUAUAAAAUGCAUGCAUCAAAUUCACCGAUUAAACUUGAAUCUCCUAAAACUACUCCAAAAAUUAUGUCACUUGACAGCAGUCUUGAUAAUCAAAUAGAGAAUAUUUACAAUGAGAAUAUGUCCCUGAGUCGAUUUGGUUCUGAGGAGAAGAAAAACAUCUCUCCAACUAAUAAAGUAACAAAAGUGUAUGUACGUAAAGAUUUAAUUCAGAAUAGAGACAAGGAUGACAAUGUUACAUUGAUAAAGCACAUGUUCUCACCAGUAAAAAGUGCAUCCAAAUCCAACAAUCACUUGAGCAAUAUUCUAGAAAGGUCAUCUGAAAAGUAUGGACUGAAUAGCAAUGCGAAAUCUCAACAGGGAUAUGCAUCUGUUGUGAAAACCCUCGAUUUUGAUGUUAACAAAAAGAAAAAGAAAGAAAAUAGAGAUGUUAAAAAUGUAUUGUCUAAGAAUGAACUGUUUGAUUUGGAGGCCAAAUGUGAGUAUCAAGUUGGGGACUUGGCUUGGGCCAGAAUGGGUACAUAUCCAUUUUGGCCUUGUAUUAUAACAAGAGAACCAUUCAGCGAUAUGUUUGUUAAGAAAAAAUUGUUUGGGCGUAUAGAACGGGACGUAAUACAUGUCACAUUCUUUGGAGACAAUGGUCGGCGUAGCUGGAUUGUUGAUAGCAUGUUGAGAAAGUUCCUGGGACAAUUAGAGUUUGAAGCCACGAGAGAACAAUUUAGCCCUUCUGCCAAGAAGAAAGAUCCAAGAUUUUAUUCAGCUUUUUUCGUAUCUGAAAAGAAACUGCCUCAAUGGAACAAGUCUGUUGAAGAAGCAGAAAUAUUGCUAAGAGAACCAAAAAGAUUAAGGAUAGAUAUCCUUAAUGAUAUGUUAUUGAAAGAGCGAGCGUUAAAAUGCACCCCAAAACAUAAUAGAAGUGGAAAAAUAACUCGAACUGACAGUGAUGUAUCAUUAAGUGAGAGUUUAUAUGAUACAUUGUUUUCUGAAGAUGAUGGUAAGCCUGAAGAUUGUGACAGGUCUAGAAAUAAAUCACGGAAUAAAUCACUUGAUGUAUCUGAAGUAGUCACUGCAUGUCUUGAUAAUAUGGCCGCCAAAACUGGUAUUACUAAAAUACAAAGACAGUCCCAUAUGGAUAGGUGGUUACAAAAAGCUAAGUCAAAAACACCAGAGAAAUCUCAAGGAAGAGUACAAGUACUGCAAAAAGAAACUAAAAGUACUAUUCUCAAUUCUAUACGUAAUAAUUCAAAUUCUAAUAAGAAAAUUAAAUCAUCAUCUAAACCUGUUAUGAUACAAAAGCCUUAUAGUUUAAGAAAAUCUGAUAAUCUAAAUGAGAAUGUAUUGUGUAAUCAUAAUGAUCAUGAUUACAGUACCAUUUGCAAUAUAGAUAUUAGUACUUUAUCUUCAUCGAAGCAUAACGAAAAUGCUGACAGUUUCGACCAAAAGAUUCAUGAUCCUAUUGAUUCUAUAGUUAUGGCCAAAGUAGAAAACCACUCUGACAAAGAACAUGACAGUGAUAUAGGCCAUAAUAAUAAGAUGAUGCAAAGCUCCACUGAAACAGAAACAUUAAAUGAAGACAUUGAAAAUUUUGAUAGUAACAGUCAUAGUAAUAAUACCAAAAGUAUAUAUGAUGAUAUUAAAGUUUCUGUUAAUGAAAUGGAUACAACUAACUUUAAUGAUAGUCAAGAAAAUAUCUCCAUCUUGAAAGAUGAUAGUCAGUCAAGUAGUUCUAAUUUAAAUUAUGAUAGUGACAGAAAUUAUAUUCAGUUGAAAAAUGAAAGUCAAGAAUUAAAAGAGGAGAAUCUACUUAGUAUGUCAUGUUUAGAAAAGGACGGAUACGAUAAUGUAGAUAGUACUAAAAUAAGCUUUUGUGAUGAAGAGAACCCAUCAAAUAUACUGAAUUUAGAAAAAAAUUAUCAAGGUUCUCACGAAAAUAUUUCUAAUUUACGAAAAGACAGUGAAACAAACAUGAAUAAAUCAAAUUAUAUAAUGAAUGAAAACGACGAUCACAAAAAUAUAGACAAUUCUAAAAUAAGUUGUUCUACUAAAGAAAAACUAUCAUGUUUACCCAAUUCAGAAGACAAUUACCGAGAUGUUCCAGAAAAUAUUUCAGAUUCACGAAAGGAUAGUGAAACAAACAAUAAAUCAAACGAUUUAAUUAACGAAAUGUCACACGAAAUAGUAAACGAAUUUAAUAAUAAUAAUACAUCUGACAUGGAAUCUGUUGUUGUUAACAAUGAAACAAACUCUAAAAUAUCAAUAGUGGGUGAAAAUGUUUGUUAUGUGAAAUAUACUAACGUAAAUUCUAGUAAUGAUUUGUCAAAUGAAAAAGGCAAACAAUUAAUUAAUAAUUGCAGUAAUAAUGAAAUGGAUGGUGACAUAACAAAUUAUAAUAUGAAACAAAAUCUUAAUGCCAACGAAGUGACAUCUAUUGAUCCAUGUGCCCCACACUUUAUUCAGAAUGGUGAUAUUGGAGUUAUAAAUACUGAACAAGACAUUACGAAUCAAAACUGUGAAUGUUUGUAUGGGGUAACAUUAGAAUCUAAUAACAUUGAUAGUUCAGAUAUAUAUAAUAAAAUUAUUAAUGGUAAUCAAGAAUUUCUUGAUGUUAGCGAAAAUUAUACAAAAGAUCUGGAUGUUGAAGAAUCAGGAAAAGAAUUGACAGAGAUAAAUGACGUUACACAUCAGAAUGGCAAACAUUUGUUGGAUACCGAAUUAGAAUCUCAUAUCAAUAAUGCUUCCGAUGUAUUUAAAAAGGUAGUUAGUAAUAAUCAAGAAAGUUCUAGCAUUAGCGAAAUUCAUACAAACGUUUUGAGUGUUACGAAACCGAUAAUAGAAUUACCAGAUAAUACCAAAGUUACUACUAAUAUAAUGAAAAUAAAUGAUAUUGAUUUAAGUAUUGAUUUAAACACAAUUAAAAAUACUAUAAGUACGAAAAUUGUCUUGGAAGAAGUGGAAUCGAAAUCUAAUAUGGAAAUAUCCAUUGAUGAAAAUACAGCAGAAACCAAUGUAGAAGGUAAUAUAAUAGACACAUUAAAAAAUGAAUGUUGUGUUUUUAAUAGUAGUGUUCAAAAUAUUCGUAGUACUAUAAUUUCUGAUACUGAUUUUGCCAUGGAAAAUGUGGAAACAAUAGGAAACAAAGAUUUUUUUGCUAAAAAUAAAGAAAUUAAUGUCAUUGACAAACAGGCCGAUGAUGGAAAGAACGAAGUCGAUGAUAACAUGGAUAAUAUUUGUAGUUAUAGUAUACAUGAUUUUUACAAAAAUGUAAAUAAGGAUAAUAAUUUUACAAAUUUAACUAAUGAAUUCGAUUUAGAUAAAAAUUUAGUAUGUAAAGACCAAUUGUGUUCUGGUAAUAAUCAACUAAAUAAUGUAGAAAUAUGUAGUUUAAAUAAUGAGUCGGAAAAUGUUGCCAAUUUAAGUCAUGGCACAAUUCCUAUUACAAAUAAUUCUUUGAAUAUAUCAACUAAUGAUAUUGCUGAAUCUUCUAAAGUGAAUGGAUACCAUGAAUCUGCAUUUAAUGACUGCUUAGAUACUGAAACUUCUUCUAUUAAUUCAGAAGAUAACGAGCCUCUGUCUGUAACAAGAAAUAAACUUAAAAAAUUCAAAGAAAAGGUUAAUAAACUGGAGAAUCCAGAGUUUUUAAAAUAUCUGGAUAUUAAGCUUGACGAUUUAAUAGUUGAAUAUCCUGAUUUAAGUCGAGAUGAGAUUGUAGAAUAUUUAUAUAAAACUUGGGAAUAUGAACAAAAUUUAAAGUCAGAUUUUAGAAAGACUGAUGAAAUUAAACAAACAAAUAUGAUAAAAGGAUUGUCAAAUCAAGAAGCUAUUAAAGAAAUAAAAAUCACAGGUAAAGUAAAAAACGAAAAAGUUGCAAAUAAAUCUCUCACAAAAAACAAGACCAAACGUUCUCUAAAACAUUGGCUAUAUCAACAGAUUUCGGAGUUGCCAAAUAAAUUUAUGAAUGAAAUAGAUGCUACUUUAGGAACAACUAGUAAAAUAAAUAAUAUUACAGAAUUGGAUUCGGCAAAGUUAGAAGAUAUUGAAACAAAAGUUUCACAUAACUUAGAAUCUGUUACGAUUAACCCUUUAAAUACUGAAUUAGUGGUACAAACUGAUGAAAAAAUAAAAUUAGUUAAUUUAGGAAUUAAAUUAGAAAACGAUUUAAAAGAUGAUAAUAUAAUUAAAACUUUUGUAAAUGAUGAAUCUGAAGAAAAUUACACAAAACCAGAUUCAGAAAAUAUAUACAAAGAAAAUCGGAAACAUGAAAUUAAAGACGAUUUGGAUUCGGAAACCAUAUCAAUACAUUCCGAAGAUUCCGAUAUUUCUAUAUCUAAACGUAAACGUGUAAAAACAGCAGAAAAAUCGGGCUUUAAUUUUGAAGAUCCUGAGUUCGUUAAAUAUUUAGAACUUAGACAAGAUGCUUUGAUUGACGAAAACCCUCAAUUGACACAAGCGGAAAUAACAUUAUAUUUAUAUAAAACCUGGCUCUAUGAAGAAAGUGUGAAGUCUGAAAUUAAAAAAAAUGACGAAAUUAAUGAGUCCAAUUUGAUAAAAGGAUUAAAACAUGACACCCCACCAAAGAAAGUUAGAAAAAAAAUUAAAGCAGAGAAGGAAUUCAUAGUUGAUGAUGUUACAUUCAAAGAUAAACCUAAGCGUAAGACCUCCCAACCUUAUUAUAAUGAAGAGUAUUCAGAUGUAGAUGAGGAAUUGGAGAUAUUUGAAAUAAGAUCCAAACCCAAGUAUGAAAUAUCUAAACUUGAAAAAACAAAUGAAGUACAAACUGAAGUUGUAGAGUUGGAUGAAGAUGAGGUUGAUGAAGUGGAAUUAUAUUUUGAGGAAUUAACCAAGCCUAAACCAAAUUUAUUCAAAGGACUGAUCAGAGAGAAAGUUUGUGAAAUAUGUGAAAAAACCAAUAAUCUCAUUAAAUGCAAAGGGUGCAAUAACAUGUAUCAUAUUGACUGUGUAAGGAAAGCAGUAGAAAUAGUAGAAGUGCCAAUACCGUCGAGAGGUAGAAAGAAGAAGAAAAAGGUUGGGCGUAAGUCUAAAAAUCUUGAAGACUCAGGAAGUCACAGUGAUGAGAGAUCUCAGGAUUUAUCUGAUGAUCAUAACAUGUCCAUUGAAGAUAUUAUAGCAGCCGAGCCUCGUGUAGUCGACGCUGAGAGUUUCGAGGCUCAACUGGCUGAUAAAAUGAAAGAGAUUCUCGAUUCUAAUAAUCAGGAAUACGACUCAUACUCGAGUGAUGACGGUGUUGAUUGGAGCACUUGUGUCGCUGGGAAAUGUGAGAUUGUCGACGUAAAAUUGAAGCCAAAGAAAGAAAAUAUCGAUUACUCAGAUUUUAAGUGCAAUGACUGCCAAAAGUAUGAUAUUCCAGUGUGUUUUGUGUGCAAACAGGCUGUAUCGAAGACUGGUGUGGAGUACAGACAGAAAUGUCAAGUUGCUCAUUGCUAUAAAUAUUAUCACAUUGAAUGUUUGGUCCACUGGCCUCAAACACAGUUCAGUUCGGGUGAAAUUUUACGGAAUAAGAAAAAGAACGAGCAGGUGGAGGCGUUGAGUUGUCCUCGCCAUGUUUGUCAUACCUGCGUGUCGGAUGACCCAAGGGGAUGCAAGACAAGGUUUAGUGGUGAUAAGUUGGCCAGAUGCGUGAGGUGUCCAGCUACUUACCAUACAUUCACAAAAUGUUUGCCGGCAGGAAGCCAAAUCUUAACUGGAUCACUUAUCAUUUGUCCUCGACAUUAUGAACACAGGCCUGGCAAGGUCCCAUGCCACGUCAACACCGGCUGGUGUUUCAUUUGUGCACUGGGCGGUACCCUCAUAUGCUGUGAAUACUGUCCUACUUCCUUCCAUGCUGAGUGCCUUAACAUCAAACCACCGGAAGGUGGCUACAUGUGCGAAGACUGUGAGACGGGCCGUCUGCCGCUGUACGGUGAAAUGGUUUGGGUGAAACUAGGACACUACAGAUGGUGGCCAGGACUAAUUCUGCAUCCGUCUGAAAUCCCCGACAAUAUAAUGGCGGUGAAACACUCUCCUGGCGAGUUUGUUGUCCGAUUUUUCGGCCAGUACGAUUAUUAUUGGGUCAAUAGAGGCAGAGUCUUCCCCUUCCAGGAAGGUGACUCCGGUAAAAUAUCGAGUCAAAAAUCCAAAAUAGACGCCGCAUUCACAACUGCAAUAGAGCACGCGCAGAGAGCGUGCGAAAUUUUGAAAGCCGCUCAACCAAACGAGGAAGAAUCUAUGGAUAUCGCGUCUUCACUCCUACCGCCACAUUAUGUGAAACUCAAAGUGAACAAGCCCUGUGGCUCCCUCUGUGGGAAGAGAAUCGAUAUAGAGGAAAGCUCGCUCACACAGUGCGACUGCAACCCUGACGAAGAGGACCCUUGUGGACCCUACUCACAGUGCCUUAACAGAAUGUUGCUAACAGAAUGUGGGCCGAGCUGCCGUGCGGGCGAUCGAUGCAACAAUCGCGCAUUCGAGAAACGUCUUUACCCCAAAUUAGUGCCGUACCGCACCCCACAAAGAGGUUGGGGGCUGAAAACUUUAGAGGACAUCAGAGCUGGACAAUUUGUGAUAGAGUAUGUAGGCGAGUUAAUAGAUGAAGACGAGUUCAAGCGACGGAUGAACAGGAAACACGAGAUACGCGACGAGAAUUUCUACUUCUUGACCUUGGACAAGGAGAGGAUGAUCGACGCCGGACCCAAGGGCAACCUGGCCAGGUUCAUGAACCACUGCUGUGAACCAAACUGCGAGACCCAGAAGUGGACAGUGCUCGGUGACGUCAGAGUUGGACUGUUCGCCAUCAAUGAUAUACCAGCGAACAGUGAAGUGACAUUCAACUACAAUCUGGAAUGCGCGGGAAUAGACAAGAAGCGGUGUUUGUGCGGCGCGAAGCGAUGUAGCGGCUAUAUUGGAGCUAAACCGAAACAGAAUGACACCCAACAGAAAAAGCCGAAGGUGGCGGCGAAACGUGCAUACAACAAGCGGAAAAAAGAGGAGUCGCCAUCCGUAAAAAACAAAUCGAAACGGCCUAUCGGCCGCCCGGCCAAGCCCCGAGAGUUGACUGAAAUAGAAAAAGAUUUGUUAAUUAUAAAAAACGCCACAAACGGACUCUCAAGCGACUCGGAGUGCAGUAGACUGAGCAGUCUAGAAGGAGAUAGAAAUCAGAAGGCUUCGAAGCGGAAAAGAGUGAGCUUCUCCACCGAGGACAUAAUUCUGAACGGCAAAAAUUCCCCGAGUGUCAAAAAAAUAAAGUUGCAAGACGACAAAAGUAGUGAUUUGGAUUGAAUAUGUACUGGUAGAUAGUAUUUGUUAUUCUAUAUAUCUAUUUAUAUAUAUAUAUAUAUAUAUAUAUAUAUAUGUAUAUAUAUGUAUAUCGGAUAAGUGACGCUUAUCAACGCAAGAAAUGAUACAAGAAAGAAAUAAAAACAACACAAGAAAUGUAUAUUCAUGCAGUUGUCAAACUUGUCGUCUGUUGCGUCUCGAUUAAGGCUAGUGUCACAUUAGAGCGACUUUCAGUCGCCGAUCAUCCGCGUCGGAACAAUAAAAUUGUAUUACAGUUUUUUACUCUCGAUCGGAAUGUGUGGUAGAUAAGUUGUUAUAACGACGUAACGUCGUUAAAAAUUCCCAUUCGGCGUCUGUUCGGUCGUCGACGCGCGGGUUUUCCGUCGACGGAAGAUCGGCAACUUUUGUAUAUUUCUCAUGUCGAUUGGUCACGUUAGUAGUUGAUUCAUUUGUUUGAAUACGCUUAAUGUGGUACUAGCUUAACCCAAUAAACACUAUUCCAUCAUCCUUAUUGGGUACAUGGUUUAUGGCUGUUGGAUUGGAUUCGCGUAAUUGUAUUGUAAAUGUUUUUAUAAAAUGACGAAAUUGAGGUGAUUGCGCGCAUCAUUGUGUCACAACAGAAAUAAAGUGCUAUUAUAAUUUACCGUAUUAUAGUGUUGUAUUGAAUAGUAUAAUAGAUAUAUAAAUAGAUGCGUAACCUUGUAGGUCCCGGUAUAGAAUAGGCCACCCCUUCCUUUCCCGUGGGUGUCAUAAGAGACGAUUAAGGGAGGGCGAGAGAUAGGCAGCAGCGUCCCUCUUAAAACAUCUCCAAAGCCUAACUGCGGUUACCAAUCCGCCUGCCAAACGUGGCAACUAUUAGCAACUCUAUUUUAUAAUAUGUAGUAAAAAUAGUGUAUUAUCGUACCAUUAUUGUCUCAGCGUGUGUUUAUCCACUGCCUAAUAUGAGCCUUCCGCAUUGCUUUCCAACAUGUACGAGCGUCUACUUUUUACACUGGUUUUUAUCGUCAGGUAUAUAUGCUCCUAAGUCACCAUACUGGGCAAGCGUGUCGGUGACUGGAAUUUUUGAAAGAAUCGUUAAAUGGUUUUUUAAUAGUAUCUUUAACCCUUCUUUGCAUAAUGGUGGAAAUUUCCAACAUAACAUUGAAUGCCUAAAAAUUAUAUAAAAGAACAAGUUCAUUUUAAGUUGAUCGUGUCUGGAUACCUUUUUAAUGUCCAUUGCAAAAAAACGUAGCUGUCAAAUUUAUUUUUUUAACCAUUUUUCUUUUAAAUUUGAACAUGAUUCAUUUCACCAAUAAAAAAAAAAAUCAUGCAAAGAAGGAUUAAAGGAGUUAAAAGGAAGAGGUCGCCGUGUGGUCCGGGCAUAGAAUGAAUUACCUCUUCCUUUCCCGUGGGUGUCGUAAGAGGUGACUGGGGGAGCUGAAUGGUUGAGGGAUCGGUAGCAGCGUCCCUUUUGAAAUAUCACCAAAAUCUAACUGCGGUUGCCAACCCGCUUGCCAAGCGUGGCAACUACUGGUAAUACUUCUCAAAUAGAGGAAGACUUAUGUUCAGCAGUGGACAGUUAAUGGCUGAUAUGGUGUGGUGAGAGGAAGGGAUAGGAUGUCACUAUGUGGGAUACGAUAGUGAUAGCUAGGGUCUCCGAGGACGCGUACCCUUAGGGACUACUCACACUUAUUCAGUUCAAUAGAACAGCUUUUGUCCAAAGAAAACAACGAUUUUGUAUGAAAACAUGUACGCAUCCAUUCUGCUUUUCGCGUCUAUUCUGGUUUCGCGGCAACUCACUAUAAAAUGAGGAUAAAUGUGUAUUUAUCAUGCGAAUGCUAUAGAGAGUGUUCAGCGCUGUUCCGCCGCAUUCACCGUCGAACGCGGCGAAACAGCUCUUUACAGUGAUGUUUCGCGACUCCUUGUCGACAAGUUGCGACUUGUAUUGUCUCUGUAUUGAUUUGAUUUAUUAUUGCAUAAUCUUUAUGUACGCAAGGAUUAAAGAGUGCAGACGUAUUUCAUAGUAAUUAUAAUUAUUUUAUUUUUAUGAAAUGCAGCAUAUUCAACGGCGUACGCAGUAGACAAGCGUUUCAGCGGAGAUAGCACGCUAUGACGGCUUUUCUCAUUCUUACGACGCCGUACGCGGCUGAUAGAAGCAGAGCUGUAUAAGUGUGACCAAAAUCGUUCAGCGAAACGCGAAUGCAGCUGAAUAAGUGCGAGUAGUCCCUUAUUCAUUGGAAAGGUGAACCCACUGAAGGCUAUACUACAGUACAUUAUAAAAGCACAUAUAUAUAUAUAUGUAUAUAUAUAUAUAUAUAUAUAUAUAUAUAUAUAUAUAUAUAUAUAUAUAUAUAUAUAUAGGUAAGGCGCCAACAUUAUGACAGUAAACGGAGAAUGAAACUUGGUAACUUCAUUUGAGAAUGAGUAUAAUGCAAAUUUAUUGAAUCUUAAUGUGACAAUAUUUAUUUUAUGUGACACAUAUUUAGUUUUAUUAUUCUUGUAUUACCAUUAGUGAAUAUAAUAUAAUAUAAUAGUAGUAAGAUAUAUUAAUUUUAAUUCAAUACUUCUCGAUACCGUGUUGAUUAUAUAGACAGACAAACUAAGAUUUUUUUUUUUUUAUACUUAUAAUGAAAUGUAAAUUAUUGUGUAAAUAUCAUCGUAAACAUGGAUAAAGAAUUUUUCUGUUUGCAACGUGAACUGGACAGUGUUUUAUAUUUAAAACUUUUUUUUUUUUUUCAAUGAAAAUAAACGUUGACAACACCAAAUAGUUGAGAGAAUUCGAAUUUUGUAAAAUAAAAAUAUUCAAACUGCCAUUUUUUAAAGUAGGAUUCUUGGAAAUGUAUUUUGUUAUUCGAAUGAAAAUGUAGAUAGCUGGUCUUAUGUAUUCUUUGGUUCGUAUGUACGCCUGACAUCUACGGUAAUGUUAUUAUUAUAUAAAGGACAGAUCAUGUUAUGUUUUAAAAAUAUAAAGAUAUUUUGCUUUCAUUAAAAAUAAACUAUAAAGCAUUAAUAUGUUCUUGUUUUAU